AGCGCUAAGAUGGCGGACCGGCGACGACGAAGGAGGCGCGCGUCUCAGGACAGCGAGGAGGAGGACGAAUCUGCCUCUGGUUCGGAGGGUGAAAGACCAUGUUCUCCUGGGGCAAAGGCCCGUGUAAGGGAACCUGAGCCCGUGGAGUCGCCAUCUGUUCGAGUUGUGAAGAAGAGCGAUGACGAAUCGGAGUGUGAAAGUGAGGAUGGUGCAGGUGAAGCGGUAUUAUCCGACUAUGACAGUGCAGACCCUGAGGAGGGGGCUGAGGAGGAGGGCUCACAUUCAGAGGGAGGAGAGGAGGAUGAGGACGAGCCAGAGGAAAAUGCAUCUCGGCCCGCUGAAGUCCCCGUUGCUGAGCCGGAUGGCCCCGUUGUGGAGCUCGAGGUGGCGGAGGCGGAGGCGGAAGCAGAAGCAGAAGUGGAGGUCAAGGGUGUGGUGGUGGUGGAGGAAGAGGAGGAGGAAGUAGAGGGAGAGGAGGAGGAGGAGGAGGAGGAGGAAGAAGCAGAAAGUGAGGCUGUAGAGAAAGAGGCCAAGACGGAGGACAAGAGCAACCUCGCCGGAGAGAGGCAAAGUGGAGACGGCCAGGAGAGCACAGACGACCCUGAGAACAAGGGCGGCAUUAAAACUGGCCAGAAGUUGGAUGACGACGAGGACCGUAAAAACCCUGCGUACAUCCCCCGCAAGGGCUUGUUCUUCGAGCACGAUGUGAGAGGCCAGACACAGGAGGAGGAGAGGCCUAAGGGUCGCCACAGGAAGUUGUGGAAGGACGAAGGUCGUUGGGAGCACGAUAGGUUUCGAGAAGAGGAGCAAGCACCCAAGUCGCGUGAGGAGCUGGUCGCCUACUACGGCUACGAUAUCCGCAACGGGACGGGACCCAGCGAGGGACGACAAUACCGCCCACGCAAGCCCCGGCACGGCUCUCCCCCGUCGCGUGACAAGCGUUACCGGGACCUCCCUUCGGAGAAAUUUGUGCCUCGCUCCUGGCAAGGCGCCCGCAGCGCCCCUCCUGCCCCGGGGCCCCAGUCCUCGGGCCCUCCGCACGGCCCCAGCCACCCGGCUCCCUCCGGCCCGCGCCCCUCCGCCCCCAGGCUCUCCUCCUCCCACCCCGCGGCCAACCACUCCGGCCGGGGCUUCCAGGCCGGCCGCCCGCAGCAGCAGCAGCAGCAGGUGGGCCUCCACCGGGGCGAGGGCCGCGGAGACAGGGGCCCCAACGGCGCCGGUCCCCGCUACCAGCGGCCGCAGCACGUGGAAGGCGAGCGCGGGCCGCGGCUGAGGGGGACCAGGGGCCCCGGGCCCGGGCAUCAGUCGGAGCGUAGCCCCUCGGUGGUGGUGGAGGAUGUGCAGCAAAUAGGCGACGUGGACGACGACGACCUGGACGACGAGGGGCCCGCCAUCACCAUGACGACCACCUUCACCAGCUCCAGCUACAGCCACUACAGCAAGGCGGAGCGCGACAUCGCCGUGGCGGCUACUGCCGCGGCGACCGCCCCAUCGUUACAGUUCUCGCGGCGACAGCAGCAGCAGCAGGACCCGUCGCCCUCUUCCCAGCAGCAGCAGCAACAACAGCAGCAGCAGCAGAGGGGCACUGGCGGCAGCGGUGAUUUCCCAGCAUCCUCGGCGGGCCGCGACUCGUCGCCGCCCCCGGAGCGGCCGGUGGAGAGGAAGUCGUACUCGGCUGCCCGCAGGACUCGAGUGCGGCCCUCGGACAUGGGCAAACAGGCGUCUCUGGACGAGCCCGUGCUCCCGCAGACCACAGCGCCCCCUGCUGGAGGUGGUGGCGGCGGCGGUGGCAGUAAUAGCGGUGGCAGCGGCGUAGGGAUGAAGGGCGACCACUGGCAGGGCGGGCAGGGGGAGAGCGGACCCCCCGGCCCCCUCACGGGACUGGACCAGGACCUCGCCCGGCUCAGCCUGGCCGGACAGAACUGGGCCCAGAGCCCGCCGUCGUACCUGCGCACAGACCUGAGGGGUAUUCCCAGCUCUAUGCACAUGGGUGGAGCGCCACCGCCACCACCGUACGCCAACAUGGACGAGAUGGGUGUUGGAGGAGGUCGGGCGAAGCGCUACUCGUCCCAGCGGCAGCGGCCAGUGCCCGAGCCGGCGCCUCUGCACAUAGGAGUGAUGGAGGGCCACUACUACGAACCCAUGUCUUACCAGGGACCAAUCUACGCCCACGGCGACAGCCCGGCUCCCAUCCCGCCCCAGGGCAUGCUGGUCCAGCCGGAGAUGCACCUCCCACACCCGGGCCACCCAGGUCUUCACCCUCACCAGUCGGGCGGGCCCAUGCCCAACCCUGCCCUCUACGCCGCUCCGCCUGUUUCCAUGUCGCCGGGGCAACCGCCUCCCCAACAGCUCAUGGCUGCCCCCUUCUACCCGCCCCCCGGGGUCAUGACCUUCAGCAACACCAACUUCCCCUACUCCCCAGGAGCCACGCUUCCCCCCAUGUAUCCCAACCCACAGGCCCAGUCCCAGGUCUACGGGGGAGUGACGUACUACGACACGGUGCAGCAGCAGGCCCAACCCAAACCCUCGCCACCCCGCCGCUCCUCCCAGCCCGUUACGGUCAAACCGCCCCCGCCAGAGUAUCCCAGUUCUCUGUAGUGCCCCCAAGGACCGGGGAGGUAAACAGAGUGAGGAGGUGCGCUCUUAGCCCCCAGCAAGACGACGCGGGGCCAGGCUGGGCACAGGGUCAGCGUUCGAGGACCAGCACCACUUGUGGAUGAACAGAUUCAUUCUCCUCUUUUGGUUCCAUUUUUAACUCUCAUUCUUAGUAACAUGAUGCUCAUUUUUUUGUUCCUUUUUAUUUUAUUUGAUUUUAUUUUCUAAAGAUGUUUUGUGUUGUACAUUUUUGAGUGUUCACUCGACCCUUGAGUUCAGCUCUCCCCACCACCCCUGCCGUACUCUUCGUUUUUUAACCCCUCUCUUUUUUCCCUCUUGGCGUGCUCUCAAAUGAUCUGCACACUCUCCUUCCCUCAUUCUGUUGUUAGUCUGCAUUUCCGUGGUGACUCGCUGGCAUGACGAGUGUAUCAGGAUCAGGCGAGAUCUGACGUCAACCCAAAGGUGGAGCUGCGGUUUGGAGGAAAGGUGAACGUGGCCUAAUGGGGACACUGUAAAUUAGCCUGCCAUUGCCGCAUCACCAAACGCACCUCUACGUCGUCAGAUGGACCCAAUCCAUUAGUAUGCACCCUUGAGCAGUGGGCCGCUGUUGAGUUUUGUGUUUGAGUUUGCGGUCCUUAACUUGGACGAGGUCUCCCCGUCUCUCUGGGUUCUAAGUAGACUCAGUGGGACUUGUUCCGGAAUUCUCUUCCAAGUCACAGUAUCUUGGCAAUGGGAUGAGGGGAGGCAAGUGUUUCCAUAUCCCAGGCCAGUGUUUACUGUGUAAUACCGUUAAACAAGUGGGUUUGAUGGGUUUUUCCGAUGGGUCAGUCCUUGACCAAUCUCUCUGGCCUCUAUAGUCGCUGUGCCAGCAAGGUGAAAGGGUGGAGCGUCUGCUCCGUGAAGAAGGAUUCUCUGGACAGUUCUGGAAUGAUCCGAGUCCUGUGUAACACUAGAACACCACUACACACACACACACCUGAUACUGUCACACCCUACACCACCAGUGUUUGUCCGUGAGGAGUUUUUUGUGAGAGAGGUUGUUGGUCCCAGUUUGUGGUCAACUCUGUUUGUUUUAAUCGAAAUGAAAAAUAGAACGAAGAGUAUGUGAAGUGUAUUUAAAGAGAAAGUAGUGGUGUAGUCGUUUGUCCAAGUGGCGUUUCAGAAAACGAUGGCAUCAAGUCCUGAUCAUUUGGCCGUUCCCCCCCCCCCCCCCACGGUUACUGGUGCUUAAUGUAAACGUCUCUUUUAAUCAUCCCUACUUUGAAUAGUCUCUAGAAUUAAAUGCACAUUAAAUACUUGACCAAUUCACCCACAGUAUGGUUCUACGUAAGGCGAUGGUGCUAGCAGUAGCAUGUAGCUGAGGGUGAUCCUGAUUUUUCCACUAUAGAGAGGUGGUGGUUUUCUCUCUUUUUUUUCCCCUCUCUCUUUCCGUUUCCCUUCUGCUAACUUCCACCUUGUGCUGUGUGGAGUUGAAAAUACUGUAUUAUCAGAGUAAAACCCAUUAACCUUUUGGCUGAAACUGAAGUACUUGACAGUGCAUCUGCUUGGUUAUAACGUUUUUAAUGUAAGUGUGUAUAGAUAAGUGUAUAUUGAAGCCUGUGGUUUAUUGAGCUGUAAUACUUUUGAUGACAAUUUUUUUUUUAAUUAUUAUUUGUUUCUAGUUACCCGAAGAGUACUGUCAGCUGGAGCUAAUUCGGCAGGGAAGCCCUGGCCUAUUUGUUUUCGUUGGUCUUAUAUUUGUAAUGAUGGUGGGUGGGUUGGGUUGGUUAAAAUGAUUGCAGAAAAAAAAGUAAUAAACGAGAGACCGUAUUGUGGCCAGAGUCAAAGAUGGCAGCCCCCUUUCUAUUGUGCUAAAAAAUAGAAAUGGAGGCUCAUCUAGAAGCCACUUGUUUCCCCAAGGGGGUGGGGUUGCUUCGGAAUUGUACCUUUGCCUUUCACUAAUGCUGUACAGACAUGCAUGAGGAUAAAAAUAUAUUUCAUUGUAAAAGCAAUUGUAGAGGGGCGUCAGGGGCUGAAAGCUGUUAUAUUCUACCCCCAUGCAGGGGCGCACAGGAUGCUAAUGUUAUUUUCUUUAUUAAGCAAGCAAGCAAACAAACACAAACAAACAAACAAAAAAAAAGAGAUAUGAAAUUAGUUUCCUCCCUCCUACGUUCCACAGGAAACCUAACAGUAUGUAAACGGAAAUAGUCGCAAUGUUCGUUCUCAGUGUUGAUUAGCUAUGACUGAUUAAUUUUAAGAGUAAUUUAAAAUGUAUUGCGUUUAUGCCUUAAUGAUGGAAUCAGUUUAACAUAUCUUUGGUUUUGUUUCGAAUAGACCUGCCAACACUGUGAGGCUGUGUGCUUGUUUCGUCAGUGAUCGAAUAUUCAAGUUUUUUUUUUUCUUUUUUUUUUUUUUGUGGAGAAAUUUGUCAGGAGGACUAUUAAAGAAUUCAAAUCCGAAA